GAACAAUUAAGACAAAAAUAGUUCUUCUAUGGCAAAUAUAGAUAUAUUUCUUUUAUAUGUAUUUGUGUAUAAAGUGUGUCACAAUUUCCAUCUUCCAAUUUCCAUUACUACAAUUUUCACAACUUCCUCUACUGCAUGACGUGACAUUUUUACAAGCUAUAAGACAUCAGAAGUCAGAAAUGUUUGAUGUUCGGUCAUCAGUAGAUCAGUAUGGAGUUGAUUUCUCUUCCUCUAGUUCUCUUGCUGAUUUCAAACAUCCACUCUCAAUAUACUGCAGAUAUAAAACCAAUUCUGACUGUGCAUCCACAGACGUCUGUGUUCAUUGGAGACACAGUUACACUGACCUGUGUGGUGCACACUUGGUACACUGGAUGGGAGUUUGUUUUUUCCAGACCUGAAUACCCUUCAUACCCUGAAUACCUUCCAUACCCUGCAUUCCCUCCAUACCCUGCAUUCCCUUCAUACCCUGCAUACCCUCCAUACCCUGCAUUCCCACUAUACCCUGCAUACCCUCCAUACCCUGCAUACCAUGCAUACUAUGAACCUACAGUAACUAUACCAAUCCCAUCUGUGCAAGUCUCUGACGGAGGACAGUACUUGUGCGGAGUCAUAAUUAGAAACCCACCAUUUUACACACAAUACAGUGAACCAGUAAUAGUGACAGUACACAAUAGACCAACACCCCGAGUGUCUGUUUGGCCUGGUGAAGAUGUAAUCAUUGGAGAAACUGUCACUCUCACAUGUGUCAUCAAUGGAGGAGGAGUCAGCAGCUGGCAGUACAGCUGGUAUAAAGAUUCACCGUCAUCCACUGUCAGUAAACUCCAGAAUUCAAUCACAAUCAGAUCUGUAACUGAGUCUGACGCAGGUAAAUACACCUGUAGAGGAACAGAGACCAGAGGAUCACGAUACUCACACAUCAGUAGGGGUGUCACGAUUCUCCAAAUCCUCGAUUCGAUUACAUUUUCGAUUCUAAGGUCACAAUUCGAUCCGAUUCUCGAUUUUUACAUAUUUUUUUGAAGACAAAAAUUAUAUGCCAUUAUUUAUUAUUAUUAUUAUAGUUUAACAUUAACAUGCACUUUGCACAACUCGCAUGAGAGUUUGUGGGCUUCACCUAACGCGAGAGCUUAAAGAGAGAAUUCGUUCUUGCACGCACAUGGACUUAAUGCACAUAAACUUAAUGCGCGUGUCUUGGACUCAUAGCCUCUGAAAUAAAUCCAGCAUUAUAAGCAGCUGCGCUUCUCUCUGUCUCACGUUCACGUGCACGCGCUCUCGCAUCUGUCCGAAGUCUAAACAUAAACUAAAGUAGUAAUCCUAAUGUAUUUGUUCAGUUUUAUGCGUUUCAUGCGAGCUGAGGCAAACUAUCCCUUUUGUUUCAAAUAUAAUCCGCUGCAUCUUUGCGCCUCUCUCACUCUUGCGCACGUGCAGAGAGCUGCGCUCUGUCCAAAGGCAGAUCACUAGUAAUCCUGUUUAUGAUAUGCAUUUCAAGGAGUUGUAGCAUCCCUCGUGUUUAUGAUCGCGUUCCGCUGGACAGAUGUUUUUAAAGGCAUCUCUGAGAGUUUUUUUCCCUCUCUUGGCAAGCCUUGGCAAGCACGUGACAUGGGGGCGUGGCAGCAUCGACGAUCCCAUUUUUUAAUUCGAAGUUCGAAGCUGUGACCUAAUUUCGAUCGAUUUCGAUUUAAAAUCGAAAUCGUGACACCCUUACACAUCAGUAAUGAAGUUACACUGACAGUAUCAGAUAUUCCCCGACCAACUCUGAAUGUGCAACCACAGACGCCCGUGUUCAUUGGAGACAAAGUUACUCUGAUCUGUAAGGUUUGUCAGUCCACUGGAUGGGAGUUUAUCUUCAUAAACCCUUCAAACACUGAAU